AUGAAUUCACCAUCCUCCUCGACCAGCUUCGUGGCGGCUCUGGAGGCGGAGUAUCGCCAACUGUCCACGGAGGCCCGGAAGACGGAGGGCUUUGCGGGCCUCUUCACCUCCACCGACCACCCCGAGAUCAAGGAGGCGGCGGAGAAGGCGCUACUGCGCAUCAGGUCCCUGGCUGACGUCCCUGAUGCCAACACACAGCUGGCCCAGUGCAAGGAGCUCUUCCGCCCCCUCCAGCUCGCGGCGGACACCCGCUCGCCCCGGCUAGCCGGCCAGGCCCUGGCCACCGCGCAGAAGCUGCUGGCCAACUCGGCCGCGUCGGCCGAGGGGGCCGAAGCGGUGCUGGGCAUGCUGACCUCCGCCGCCCGGCUCUCCGACGAGCGCGUGCAGCUCAAGUGCCUGCAGACGGCGCUGACCCUGCUGCAGUCACCCCUGCACCCCAUCACCUCCGCCGCGCUGGGCCCGCUGCUGGGCGUCUGCUUCGGCUUCCUGGCGGCCAAGGGCUUCAAGUCCACGGUGACCACCACCGCGGCGGCCACGGUGCGCCAGGCGCUGGCGCUACUGCUGUCCUACAUCCGGGAGGGCGAGGUCCUGGAACUCCUGGAGUUUGUGCUUGCCACCUCCCCCGCCUGCUUCAUGGACAUCCUCGGCCUGCAGCCCAUCGUGGCGCAGACCAUGCCCGAUCUGCUCAGGCCGCAGCUCCAGGACCAUCUGGACGCAGGGGUGGCGGCCUCAGCCUUCGCCACGGCGCACUUCCCCACGCUGCGUGCUGCGCUGCGCUGCGUGCGCACCCUGCUCGGCACCUUCCAUUGCCAGCUGGGGGCUGGCGCCGGGCCCCUGGUCCAGAGCCUACUCUCAGGCCUGCAGGCGGGCCAGCCCAACUUCCAGAGGGUGGCGGUGCUCCAUGCUGUGGUGCUGCUCCUCGGGGAUGGCCCCCUGCUCGCCUGGCUGGGAGCCAAGUAUGACCACGACAAGGCGUCCCGCUCCGAGCCUGUGCGCAGCCUGGCCGAGGCCUGCCUGCUGGUGCUGGAAAGCGUGGAGAAGGGGCGUGACGCCGAGGACGAUCCGCUGCCGGCCGCCAUGGCCCGCGCGCUGCUGGGCCGGCCAGGGUCGCUGGAGCCGGACCCUGGCACCGGCGCUGCUACUGCGGCAGGGCAGCGCGCGGCCCUGGCGGCCCUGGCCCUGGAGGGGAUGAGUGCGUUUGCCGUGACCCUGGAGGGCCUGGCAGGGGGCCUGCCUGCCGGGUGGGACUCGGGGGAGGGCGACGCGGCGGCUGGCGAUGCAGCAGCCACGACACUCUCGAAUGCUGCAGCCUCGGACGCCGCUGUGCACGACACGGCGACGACAGAGCCUGGGGCCCCGUCUGCGGACGACGUCCUGCGGACGCUGCUGGAUUCCACCUGGAAACCCAUGCUCGACACGCUGCGGCGUCUGCUCGGUGCCGGACCCCUGGCCCCGCCCCUGCUCCAGGAGCUCCUCAAGGUGGAGUCUGGACUGCUGCUGGCGCUGGGGCGCAUGACGGACGUGCUGCUGGCCAACACGCAGCGCUUGCAGGACCUCUGGGCCGUCUUCCUCAGCCACGUGCUGGAGGUGCUGGCCGCUGCCCAGCCCAGCGCGCGCGUGGUGGUGGUGGAGGCGCUGGGCCGCCACAUGCUGCUGGUCUCGCUGGAGUCGGUGUACGGCGGGGAGCGGGAGCCGGAGGUGCGGCGUGCGGUGCUGCGCGUGCUGCUGAGCACGCUGCAGCGCCACGGCGAGCGCCUGGGCGGCGGCUGGGGCGCCGUCUUCCGCCUGCUGGCGGCCGUGCCGGAGGCGCGCGACGCCGCUGCCACCGACCUCGGCUUCCAGGCAGUGCAGCUGGUGGCGGGGGACUUUGCCGCGGGGCUGGGGGCGGCGCGCCUCCGCCGCUGCCUGGAGGUGGCCGCCGUCUACGGCGCGCAGCAGGAGGAUGUGAACGUGAGCCUGACCACCAUCAGCCUGCUGUGGAACGUGGCAGAUCUGGUAGGCAGGGCCGCGCCGGGGUCCGAAGGCGGCGCCCCUGACGGCGACACAGGGGAAGAGGCCGUGUCGCCGGGGGCGGGCCUGCGCCUGACCCAGGAGGAGGGCGAUGUCAUCCUGGAGCUCAUCUUCUCGGCCCUGCAGGCAAGUCUGCUUGAGAUGGGGAGAGAUGUGCUUGGCCUGGCCUCUGACCCACGGCCCGAGGUCCGUAACUCGGGCCUGCGCACCCUGUUUGCAGUGGUCAUGUCGCAGGGCGGCCGUCUGUCGCGCGCGCGGUGGGAGGCCUGCCUCUGGGACAUGCUCUUCCCCUUGCUCCGCCAUGCCUUCCACAUGUCGGUCACCAGCAGCCGCGAGGAGUCUGGCCCUGCCGCCCUGGGGCGCUCACGCGGCGAGACCGUGCACCUGGUGGUGCACCACUCCCACAACAGCGAGGCCAAGCAGUGGGACGAGACGGUGGUGCUGGCCCUGGGCGGCAUGGGGCGCCUGCUCCGCGCCCACCUGACCCUCAUCGUCACCCUGGACCAGGGGGAGGCAGGCUGGGAGGAGAUGAUGGUGGUGAUCGAGUCCUGCAUGGCCGGCGCGCGCAAGCGCGUGGCCCUGGCGGCCGUGGGCGUGCUGGGCUCGCUGCUGGCGGCGCACGGCGGGCGACGCGAUGUGCUGGGCGAGGCGGCCUGGGCGCGCGCCGUGCGCGCCGUGGAGGUGGGCGUGGAGGCCGCGGCCAACCCCACCUGCCGCGUGCCGCUGGCGCGCUGCGCGCGGCACCCCUGGUCCGACGACGACGCGUCCAACGGCGGGGCAGCCGCCUACGGCCUGCCCCCCGUGCAGAAAGCCGUUCUGGCGGCGCUGCCCGCCAUCGCGCCGCAGCCCGAUGAGGAGGAGCUGUGGAUCGACUUUUUGGCGACGCUGGCCCGGCUGCUGCACCCGGGCCAGAUUCUGGAAGCAGCGCGCUCUGCGGCUGAUGGCGAGCAGCGGCCAGAGCACCCCGUGGUUGGGCGCCAGGUGUCGGCCGCGCGCCUGCUGACGGAGGGUGGGGUGGAGGUCCAGUCUGCGCUUUCCUCCUCCUUCCUGCUCCAGGUGCUGGAGGCGCUGGUGCGGUACUACACCCCGGCUCCCAGUGGGGUCAGGGCGGCAACGCUGGCGGCGACGGUGGGCUGCCUGGGCGCCUGCAUGGCGGUUCGGCACACAGUCUACGACGAGGCGCUGUGGAGGGCGGCCGCAAAGGCCUUCACCUCCAUCGUCCCGCAGGGCCUGCCAGCCCUGGUUGCCGCGAAUGACCCGAAGCUGGAAGCCAGGGCGUGGGCAGCCCUGGCCGACGCCCUGGAGCUCUUCCUGCUGGGUCGAGGGGUCGAGUUCCCAACCACGGAGCCAACGCCAGAGAACGGAGCUGCACAUGCAGGUGGUGCUGGGAUGGAGGCGGCAACCCGUGACCCCGGCUCCAUCCAGAUGGCCUCUGUGACAUCCGACGCGCAUCAGGCCAGCAAUCAAGACGCAGCACAGCAGCAGGCGUCCGCCGCCACCGCUGCCGUGCAGUCCGAUGACCCUGAUGCCACCGCGGCCUCCGCAGCCAGCGAUUCGGAGCUGGAGGCAGCGGUACUGGACACGCUGACCGACGCCAUCCUGGCCAGCGCGCCCAGCAUGCCGCCACCCACCCUGGACCGCUUCGUGGCGAUCGUGGACGGCGGCGUCUGCCGGCCGCCCUGGCUGGCGCGGCAACUGCCGCACGCGGGGCUGGGCUUCUCCCAGGCCUGCCUCAGGAAGCUGUAUGUCGUGGCCGCGCGGUACGGGGCCGGCGGCGACGGAUCCCGGGGCGGCGGGGGCGACGGACUCAGAAAUGGCGAGGGCGAGGAGGGCCAGCUGCCCGCGGCGGUGGCAGCGCUGAGGGCGCUGCUGGCGCGGUGCGACCACAUGGUGCAAGCCGCCGUGGACGCCAAGACCCUGGGGGCUGAGGAGGGGGCCGCUAGGGCCAGGUAUGGCGGACCCAGCGGCCAGCCCCGACUGGACGAGGUGUUGUGCAUGCUGGAGGUCCUGGCCUCUUUGACCCUGGACCCGGCGGUGGCAGACGCCCUGCUGGACGGCGCGGACGGCCAGUUGCGGCAGUUGGUCGGGGUGGCAAGGGGGUGCGCCGGCAGGCGGCGCGGGCGGGAGCGGACCCACCUCCUGCUCAUCUACCCCGCCCUCGUCCAAGCCGUGGCGCUGCAAGAGCCCCGCCUUCGCGAGAUGGUCAGGGACGUGCUACAACUGGCCGGUGCCGAGCUAGGGCUGGGCGUGGCGGCCUCGCCAAGAGCUGAAUGA